AUGCAUCGUUGUUGCUUGUUUGUGUGGCUGGCUUUGUUCGUUGUCUUUUAUUCCGAGAUUCCCACAGAAACGGUGGCCGGAACCCGAGGAUGCAUCCACUGUCUUGACCUCAACACUUCAACGAAGCACAAUGCUCCCUUAUCUGGAAAUGGAUGGAUAAUCCUUACGCUACCUUG